AUGGUUAAUUUGCAAUUACCAGGCGACACUUUAAAUUUGAUUAAAACAAAGACCAUCUUAUCAGCGUUUCUUGCCAGAGUUAAACUAAUGAAGCAAAAUAUUGGACGGGGCGAAUUUUCUCAGUUCCCCAAUUUGUCACAGACAAGCUGCCAGGAAGACGACGUUUCAACUUACGUUCAACAUAUAAAUGCCCUCUAUUCAGAUUUUGAAUCUAGGUUUGAGGAUAUUUUGACUAGGAUAAUACCACUGUGGAUAAUUAAUCCAUCUGGUGACAUAGAAGAAACGAAUCUCAUAGUACAAGAGGAACUGACUGAACUAAAUGCUUAUUUGUUUCUUUAUCAUUUUGAACAGAAAUUUAGAGGUCAAGCUGAACUAGAGGAGUAUCAAACUAUCAAACCUCUCGCGGUCUUCUCUCCUUCAAGAGUUACAAACAGAGAUCCUUGCUGGUAUUGGACGAAAUUCUAUUGCGAUUUUCUUGAAAAUGAUUUGGCAUGGUUCUUACGACAGAUUUUUCGCACCCUAAAAAUAGGGGAUAAAAAGAGACCACUCACUGAACGAGAGCUGCAAGAGAUCGUCGACAAUUUCUCUGAUUUCGAUGAGGAUAUAGUAGACUUUGCAGAUGAAAGCGAAUGAGAAGUUAUUCAGUAUAGUGUUUACGACAGCAAUCUGAGGUUGAGGACUCGGACUAUACACACGAAUUGGAGAAUCAAGGAGAUGAGUUCUUUUACAUUGGAAAGGACGAAGAGAAUGUCUGGAAAAGCACUCCUGUGAGUUUUACCAGUAAAACUAGGUCUAAAAAUAUAAUCAAGAUAUUACCAGGUUCAAAAGGAGCUGCGAAAACUUUGUCAAAUCAUUUAGAGUCAUUUUAUAUAUUUAUUUCCAAUGAGAUGAUUGACAAUAUCGUAGUAUGCACAAAUUUAUAUAUAGAAAAUAAAAAACAAAAUUUUGCAAGAGAUAGAGAUUGCAAAAUAACUUCGUCCACGGAGAUCCAGGCACUAUUCGGCGCGUUAUAUAUAAUUGCAGUAAAGAAAGGAAAUCGUGUAGAUGUGCGAGAACUGUGGAGUACAGAUGGAACUGGAAUGAUUAGACUUCGGGCUGCUUUUAGUUACAGAAGAUUUUUAUUCCUUUUACGUGCCUUACGAUUUGGCAAUAUCAACACUAGGAAAGAACGCCAAAAUAUAGAUAAAUUAGCUGCAAUACGGGAUAUUUACUCCGAUUUUGUAAAGAAUUGUAUGAAUAAUUACAUCCCUGGGAAUUCAUUACCAUUGAUGAAAUACUUCAUCCGUUUCGGGGGCGAUGUGGGUUCAUGCAAUAUAUGCCGCAAAAUACGGUAUAAAAAUAUAUGCUUUGUGUGAUAGUCGCACCUAUUAUACUUGGAAUCUUGAGAUUUAUUGUGGGCAACAACGAGAUGGUCCCUCUCAGACAAGUAAUAAGCCAUUCGAUAUAGUUCGAAGGUUGGUAGACCCUUUAAAAAAUUCCAAGAGAAACCUGACAACAGAUAAUUAUUAUACGAGCUAUCCCCUAGCAGAUUAUCUUUUGCAAAAUGGCCUUACGUUAAUAGGUACAAUAAAGAAAAAUAAAAAGGAAAUACCCCCGGAAUUCCUUCCGAAUGAAGCACGAAUAGUUGGUUCUUCAUUAUUCGGAUUUCAGGACGAAAUUAAUUUGGUAUCUUACGUACCCAAAAAGAAUAAAGCUGUGAUAAUUCUUUCUUCUGUUGAUGACAAAGGAGAGGUUGACGAGGCAACAAAUAAGCCAACCAUCAUUUUGGAUUAUAACAGGACGAAGAGUGGUGUCGAUACUGUCGAUCAAAAAUGUGCCUCUUAUACAACCCAGAUAACCACUAGACGAUGGCCCCUUGCAAUAUUUUUCCGCAUUCUUGAUAUUACUGGGAUAGACGCUGAAAUUGGAUUCACUAAUACUAAACCUCCAGAAGAGUCUCCUAGAAGACGAAAAUUCUUAAACGAAUUAGGCGUGUCUCUAAUGGAACAUCAUAUGGCGGAACGAGCGAAAAUAAUUACACUUCCAAAAGACAUUAGAGAAUUUCUUUCGCGAUACCAAACUACUGUUGAUGAGGUACCUGCAAUAAAGCAAAGUGGUAGUGGACGUUGUCAUGUUUGUAGUGCGCGUAAAAAUAAUAAAACUACUGUUAGAUGUGACUCAUGUGAUCAGUUUGUAUGUAAAAGCCAUUGCAAAAAAACAGUUCAAUGUGAUACUUGUUUGUAUACGUAUACCCCGAUAAAAAUUCAGUGUUUAUCUUUUAUGUUCGCUAUAGAAUAAUGUUUUAGUUUUGAAUGUUUAAAUAAAUCAGAGCGCAAUAUUAUAAAUAAACUGAUUUUUUAAAUGUCUAUUCUGUUUAAUUACAAA